GGAAGACCUGGGAUAGUGCCUGCGCUUCUCGCUGCCAGCCUUGGGUGGCGCUACGUGGGGUCAGCUGGUGGCGGCCGCGGUCCUUGCUCGCUCGCUUGUUCCCCGGGAAGCCCGUAGUGUGCCGUCCCCGAGGCCAUGGGGCGGCAGUGGGGGCCAGCCAUGAGGGCGGCCGAGCAGGCGGGCUGCGUGGUGAGCGCCACCCGGGCCGGGCAGCCCGAGGCGGGCUCGUGGAGCUGCAGCGGGGUGAUCCUGAGCCGCCGCCUGGGCCUGGUGCUGUGCCACGGGGGCAUCUUCACCCCCUUCCUGAGGGCCGGCAGCGGGGCGCUAACCGCGGCCGGCGCCGCCUUCCUGACCGGCGACAGUUGCGGCGACGACCUGCGCCUGCACGUGCAGUGGGGCCCAACGGCCGCGAGUCCGGCAGGCCGCGCGGAGCGGGGCCGCCCGGGGCUGUGCACGCCUCAGUGCGCCGGCCUGGAGCCCGGCCCGCCCGCCCGGUUCUGCGGGCGGCCGCUGCAGCCCCCCCGCCCCGCCGAGCUGCUGCUGCUGUUGAGCUGCCCGGCCUUCCGGGGCCACUUCGCGCGCCUCUUCGGCGGCGAGGCGGCCAAGCAGUGGAGCUUCGCGAGCGCCGCACCGGACGACGAGGUGUCGGAGGAGGAGGAGGAAGACCAGCUGAGAGCGCUGGGCUGGUUCGCUCUGCUGCGCGUGCGGCCGGACCCGGAGAAGGAGGCGGAGGCGGAGGAGCGCGGGCCGGUAUUGGCCGUGGCGCCUCUCGGGGCUGUGCCCAAGGGUGAGCCGCUGCUGGCCUGCGGCUCCCCGUUCGGGGCCUUCUGCCCCGACAUCUUUCUCAACACGCUCAGCUGCGGCGUGCUCAGCAACUCGGCCGGCCCUCUGCUUCUCACCGACGCGCGCUGCCUGCCAGGCACCGAGGGCGGCGGCGUGUUCGAGGCGCGGCCCGCGGGGGCGCUGGUGGCGCUGGUGGCGGCGCCCCUCUGCUGGAAGGCCCGCGAGUGGGUGGGCCUCACGCUGCUUUGCGCCGCCGCCCCUCUCCUCUGCGCCGCCCGAGCUGCCCUCUGCCGCCUGCACCCCGGCGCCGCCGCCCUGGCCGCCUUCCUACCGCAUGAGAUCGGUGCCCCGGGGGGCCUGCCCCUCCGAGACCCCGGCCCCCCCUGGGCAGCUGCGGCCGUGCUGGUGGAGUGCGGUUCCGUUUGGGGCUCCGGAGUGGCCGUGGCACCCCGCCUCGUGGUGACCUGCCGGCAUGUGGCCCCUCGGGAGGCGGCCAAGGUCCUGGUGCGCUCCACCACCCCCAAGAGCACUGUAAUCUGGGGACAUGUGGUAUUUGCCACCCAGGAGACAUCUCCCUAUGAUAUAGCAGUGGUGAGCCUGGAGGAGGACCUAGAUGGUGUCCCGGUACCUGUGCCCGCUGAGCAUUUCCAUGAAGGCGAGGCUGUCAGUGUGGUGGGCUUCGGUGUCUUUGGCCAGGCCUGCGGGCCCUCGGUGACCUCAGGCAUCCUGUCAGCUGUGGUGCAGGUGGAUGACACACCAGUGAUGCUUCAGACCACGUGUGCUGUGCAUGGUGGCUCCAGUGGGGGACCUCUCUUCACCUGCUCCGGGGACCUCCUGGGCAUCGUCGCCAGCAACACCCGGGACAAUAACACGGGGGCCACCUACCCCCACCUGAACUUCAGCAUUCCCAUCACGGUGCUCCAGCCGGCCCUGCAGCGGUACAGCCAGGCAGGCGACCUGGGCGGCCUCCGCCAGCUGGACCACGCCCCUGAGCCAGUGAGGGUGGUGUGGCGGCUGCAGCGACCCCUGGCAGAGGCCCCGCGGAGCAAGCUCUGAAGCUGUGGCACCCCUCUGGAGAGAAGAGCAACCAUCUGAUGCCAUGGGGAGUGCUGAGGCUGGUGGCCUGAGGACAUGGCACACCCCAGCCAGGCUGCAUCCCCAUCACCACCCACCUUGCUCAGCUCUGGAGUCUGGACCAAACUUCUCUUUAGCCCCCACAGAUCUCUUACCUGGCAGCCCGUUUUGGGGUGCUUUCUCGAGCCGCCACCUCUCCCUGCCCCCGACACUAGGCUCAGCUCUUUUCCCUUCUGGGAAGCUGAGCCUAGUGUCGCCACCUCUCCCUGCCCCCGACACUAGGCUCAGUUCUUUUCCCUUCUGGGGAGCCCAGUACAACCGUACAACAGACAGAUCUGGUCCUGACAGACAGAUGUCGGCUAGAAGGUAGGCCCAGCCACGGUCCCCUGUCUCCUGACGGUCACUGGCCGCCUGCAGCGGCGGCUUCCCUGGGGCCUGGGCUCCUCUCUGCUCUCGGUCAGAAUGGGGUUGACAGCACUGGGGCUUCCUCAGAAGACCUCAGCAGAGAGGCCCUGCUCUGAAGACCAGAGGCGGAAGGGAAAGAGCAUCUUCCUGUUCUGCUGGACCAGCGGUGGCGUCCCCGAAAGCCAGGACUCCCGGCUCUUCAUAUGUCGGGUGCCCUGACCUACAGGGGCACGCUGACACAGUGCCUUAAUUUUCCGGCCCGUAAAGUGGCUCUCAGGGG